AUGUCCAAAGUCUUCAUCGUCACCGGUGCCAGCAAGGGCAUCGGCGCCGCCGUCACGCGGCACCUCCUCGGACACCAGCACAAUGUGGUGCUGACGGCGCGCUCGGGAGACCUGCUGAAGCGCGUGCAGGCAGCGCAUCCGGGCCAGGUGGAAUACGUGGCGGGCGACAUGGCGGAUCCUACGAUUGCCACGAAGCUGGCCGAGGUAGCUGUCGCCAAGUUUGGCCGCAUAGACGGCGUCGUCAUCAACCACGGCGUCCUUGAGAACAAGAAGCUGGCCGACAUGAGCGUGGAGAAUUUUAGAAGCAUGUACGAGAUCAACGUCGUCAGCUGCUUUGCCAUGGCCAAAGCAGCACUUCCUCAACUACGCAAGAGCAAAGGCUGCAUUGUCUGGGUUUCCUCUGGCGCCGCCGUCAAAACAUACCAGGCUUGGGGCGGCUACGGGUCGUCCAAGGCGGCAAUCAACUCGCUGUCAAGUCAUCUGGCUGCUGAGGAAAAGGACAUUACGAGCAUUGCCAUCCAGCCCGGUCGCGUGGACACCGACAUGCAACAGCUCAUCCGGGACACGGGGUCCGACACCAUGGACAAGGCCGUCUACGACACAUUCGUGCAGGCCAAGGAGACUGGAGGGUUGUUGAGGCCGGAGCAGCCUGGUAACGUCAUAGCACGGUUUGUAGCCUCUCCGCACAAGGAGCUCAGCGGCAAAUUUACAGGUUGGAACUCACCUGAAUUGGCUGCCUACCAAGAGUAG